CUUUUUUUUUUGGUAUAAAAUGGUUGCCGUUGCUUUACCUUUUAAAAUAUUAAAGGCGUAAGAGGCUGGAGUAUCACUGAGAACGGUUUAAACUUCAUAUGUAGCAUAGAAGGACUAGAAAGUUUGGACGCUAGCCUACUUAAAUGUCGCAUUCAAGUCACUCACUUGAAGAAGUUAAGGAAUGUGGAAAGUCUUCAAAUGAACUGGACGAGGCUAAAAGUUUUGGAUUUAUGUGUGUCUCUUCCUGAACUUAGCAAUUUAAAGCAUUUAGAAAUUGACGGUUUAAAUUUUUCUGAUAAAUAUCUCAGAGUAAUUCUUUCAAGAUUGCCCCACUUGAGACACUUUAGCAACGCCUUUAACAUCAGCUUGUUAGACUUUACCGCGCUCAACGACACCACGCUUUUUUCUCUUAAUCUUUCUAAUACUUACUUCCCUCAAAAGAAUUGUUCCCUUCCCGUCACGUUAAAGUUUCUUGACUUGUCCUACACCAGAGUGGGGAAGGACGACCUCUUUUCCAUUUUAAAGCGGUGCGUCUCCCUAGAAAAAAUUAUCCUCUUCGGCACAGAAGUCGCCUCAGAGAGGUUGGACGCACUUUCGCAGACUUUCCACUUGGACAUUGUCGUGAGCGAGAGAUAAAAGUAGCGAAUAGGAAGUUUAUUGCCUAAAUUAGCCAGUCACACUCUGAAGGAGACUGCUUGCCCGGUUACUGUGUCCACUAUCAGUGCGUUGUUCAGGGGGUAGAACUGGCGGGUGAGAACUUUUAUC